AUGCCCCGUAUGGUUGCACCCCCGCCAUCAGGCGAAUUUCAAAUCGUCCUCAGCAAGCCCUUUAAUGGCGCCCCAACACACAUGAUCGAGGUAAUCGGCGAGCCCAACCGCUCCGCCAGCAUCCGCCUCUCCAACUACAACGGCGGCAGCAAGUCGUCUGAGAAAAAAGGCGACGUACCCCAAGACGACGUCCGCGAACUCAUGUCUCUCGUCUCCACGCUGCGGGGCUUCCCCUCACACCCGAGCAAAGAUAUUUACGGACUGGACACCAAAGUUGAUUUCAACACGAUGGAGGUUCAGUGGGGAAACCAGGAUGAGGAUCCUGCGAUGGAAGGGGGAGAGGUAGCGGGGGAGCAGAAGGAUGAGUUUAAGAGGAUUGCGGAGAGUAUUGAGGCGUUGGCGAGGCAGUUUGCUAAGCAGGAUUCGGCGGUGUAG